UCCGCCAGUGGCUACAGCGAGGACAAAUCCGGACUAAAAAUGGAGGAAGAAGGAGCGGAAUACGAUCCAGAGUGGGAGGGGGGCGAAGAAGGCGACGGCGGCGAAUACGUCUGUAAAUACGAAUAUCUGGACCACACUGCAGAUGUACAGCUUCACUCCUGGGGCAGUGACUUGAAGGAAGCGUUUGAACAGUGUGCCGUCGGUAUGUUUGGUUACAUGACUGAGAUAGAAACAGUCGAACCCUUGGAUACCUACGAGACCGAAGCACAGGCAGACGACAUGGAAAAUCUUCUCUACCAGUUCCUAGACGAGUGGCUGUUCGCUUUCAGUGCAGAACCAUUCUUCAUCGCUAGGGACGUGAAGAUUGUGGAGUUCGACAGGGAAAACUUCAGAAUCAAGUCUGUUGGAUACGGAGAGACUUUUGAUCUCAGCAAGCAUCCACAGGGAACGGAAGUGAAGGCGAUCACUUAUUCGGCAAUGCAGAUUCACGAAGAAGUGGACACCAAUGAUGUUUACGUGGUUCUGGAUAUCUGAAGUAUUUUUGUAAUGCCACAAACGACGUCGGUGUCUGCGUCAAAAAGAUGUACCAAUGUUUUUUUUUAAGCAUCUUGUCAUUACUUUCGUUACUUGCCUGAUUGUAUAAAAUGAAGGGUGAUAUUUUCCUUUUGGAAGUCAUUCAUGAAGAAAGUUUCAGUGAUUGUGAUGUUGACACCUUCUCUAUUAGUCAUGGAAGAGAUGAAUUUGUUCAAAGUAGUGCGUUACUGGUUACCAGAAACACCUGAAAAAAGUCAUCAUUCAGGAAGCAUUAUGUCUUUGUUUAAGAACGUAUGAAUAUGAUGCAAAACAUUUCGUUCUAUUCAUUGCUACUUAAUUAAAAAAAAAACUUCUCUAUUUGUCGCUCAGUUGUAAAUGUUGUCUUUUAAUUCUGAGACAGCACAGUACCAGAGUCUGUCUCCCUUGUCGUGACCAGCCUAUACUGUGGACAGACAAAAAUUAGCUCAGUCUAGUGCACUCUUGCCAAAGACAGACAUUUUCAAUCUGUCAUAUCCCAACUUCAUAUCUUGAUGAUAACUGUUUACCUCCUGUAUUCAUCUUUCAGCCUCCAAAACCAAUGUGCACUGCUUUCUUAGAUAAACAUUUUUACUACCAAUCAACUUAGUUCAUUGCCUAGAAGUGAUUAUCAAAUGGCCUUGCUUUGAUUGAAGAAGCCUUUUUCAAACAUCUACGUUCUUAGGCCAAUACAGUCAUUGUACUUAACAAAAAAACAAGACUGUAUUACAAUAGAGACGUUUAAUGUCAAUCUGCCAUUCUGUUCCUAUUCUUGUACUAGUAGACAAAGGCUUUAGAAUAAACAAGUA